GCGGAAGAACUGGUGUCACCUGACCCCAGAGAUGAGGAGGGUCUGGUGGAGGGAGAAGUGCUACGAAGUCGAGAAGGAGAAGCUUGAGAUGGAGGAGCAGCAAUUUUGGGGGACUCUGCGUCUUCAAUCGCCGCUGACAACGACGGAGCAGAUCUUGUAUCGCCCCGACCAGUACGGUCAGACUUACAAGUGGUACAACACGAACUGCCCAUGCUGUCGACGCCCGCUUGAGGUGACGGUCACCAGCAUGGCGAAGAGAUGGAAGGAUUCUUAUUCGAGCGGUCGCCGCGCGUUCGUCGGCUCCCUCUGGGGUGCAAACGCCGGCUACGCUUUGGGUGCCGUAGUUCUUGGCGUGCGCCUGCGUGAGCUCUCUCCCGACAUCGAGCGGGUGAUGCUGCACACAGACGACGUGCCACCGAACUACCUCGAGGCGUUUGCCCAGGAUGGCCUGUGGCAGCUCAAGGAGGUGAACUAUAUCGAUGGAGUGGAGGAUCUCUAUGUCAGCAAGGGGAAUAUCUUUGAUGGGGUCUUCACAAAGCUGGCUGCCUGGAGCCUGACGGACUUUGAGAAGGUCUUGCUCCUGGACUUGGACAUCAUCCCGUUCCGGCCCAUGGACGAACUCUUCGACCUUCACUGUCCGGCUGCCAUGGUCCGUGGCCAGGGCGAGAACGACCAUGGCAAAGAGGUGGACGGCAGGAGGUUUUUCGCCGGGGGAGACCACCAGGAAUAUCCUUGGGGGCAGACGGGCGGCAUCAACGCGGGCGUGAUACUUCUGCAGCCUGAUGCUGAGAUGUUCCAGCAGAUGACCUCGGAGGUGACCUGCAAGAACCAUCCCUGCCACAUCGCAGGGAACGGGCCCGAACAGGAUUACUUGUCGCGCUUCUUCGCUUCAAGGAGGGACUCUCCGUGGCAUCAGAUCAGCGUUGCCUGGAACUACCAGCUGCAUCAGUCGCUCUUCUCUGUUGAGCGCGUCAUCGAGUGGCACCGGUUCAUGGUUACCUCUGGCAAGGAGUUUAGCCAGGCCGAUCUUGACUGGAUGCCGCAGCGGAUGCGCAUGGGCCUGGAGGACAUCGGCAUUGUCCAUUUCAGUGGAGAAGUAAAGCUGUGGCACUUGUUCUUGAAGACGCAUCGGUCCGACGAUGUUCGACGCAACGUCAGCCACGAGGCGACGACAGGAACGUCGGACGCCUGGAGCGACGAGAAGUUCGCGGAGCACAUCAUGUCGGCCCAACGCGGUUAUCCGCUGUGGAUGUCCAGGACGGCAGAUACGGAGGAGUAUGAGGCCUACGGCUGCAGAAGGGAGGGCAAGCGCAUCUUCAUCGGGGACAAGGACAUGACCGACUUGGUGGAUGCGUUGGUGGAGAGGGUCUUGCAGGUGGCGAAGCAAGCCACGACCGUGUGGCGUGAGUGUGCCGAGAGACUUCUGCAGCGGCAGCCG